ACGUCGUCCAUCGUCUCACGCAAGCUUGCAAGCUGCAGAUAAUACAACAAAAACAUUCUUGAUAUCCUCUUGCCAGAUAUUAGUUUUCUGGAUUAUUGUGUUUUAAUUUACCAUAAAUUAACCUUUAUAAAAUGCCGAUCAGUGGCUAUGAUAUCCAUGAUGAUGGUCCUGGAUUUGUGGGCAUAAGGUUUUGUCAGGAAUGCAAUAACAUGUUGUACCCUAGAGAAGAUAAAGAAAAUAAAGUUCUUCAUUACGCUUGCCGGAACUGUGACUACAAGAUGUUAGCGGACAGCAACUGCAUUUAUGUUAACAAAAUCAUGCACGAAAUUGAUGAGCUGACCCACAUUGUAUCCGACGUCAUCUCAGACCCGACACUGCCCAAGACGGAGGAUCAUCCGUGUCCCAAGUGUGGUCAUCGUGAAACUGUCUUCUUUCAGGCACAGACCCGGCGAGCUGAGGAAGAGAUGAGGCUCUACUACGUCUGCACAAACCAGCACUGCACUCACCGAUUUACUGAAUAGAUCAAGUUAAGCCUCCAAUACUUUGUAUGUUCAUUUUAUGUUAUCUUAUACUACGAAUACAUUUUUGUAAGUAAAUAGUCUGAAUAACAA